AACACCGGCCGUCAAGGAGGCAGCGGAGCGGAAGUGACGGCCUAAGGAGCACACGGGCAGCCUAACAGUGAGCCGGAGGGACACAUUCUUCGCGGGAAAACUGGAUACGAAGAGACACAAAGGAAGGGAGAUCAAGGUAUAAAGGCCCAAGAAGCGAUACAAAGCGUCAGAGGGCUACACAAGGUGACGCACUGUAGUACACACCCACGGUCACCACACCACUUUACAGGAUGUUUAGAAUUGAUGAUACGUGGGGAACUACGAUAGGUGUGUUUGUGUUUGUCAUCAUGGGCAUGUCAACCAUUGCCAUCUCGCUGGGGCUGGUGUACAGGCGACGCAGCGGGCGCGCCACAACCACUGCUUCCUUGAAGGGCAAGACAGUCCUCAUCACUGGAGCAUCAUCAGGCAUUGGAAGGGAGGCAGCGAAGGACCUUGCCCAGAGAGGAGCCAGGGUCAUCUUGGCCUGCAGGAACCUCCAGAAGGCUUCACAAGUUGCAAGUGACAUAGAAGAGGCCACAGGGAGCAAGUCAGUGGUGGUGAUGAAAGUGGACACUUCCUCACUGGCUUCUGUCAGGGAGUUUGCUGCCAAAUUUCUUGCUCAAGAGCGCAGGUUAGAUGUGUUGGUUUUGAAUGCUGGCAUUGGAGGACGGCAAAAGAAAACAUUAACUUCAGACAACCUCGAACUCACAAUGGCCACCAAUCACUUCGGCCACUUUCUCCUCACUAAUCUUCUCUUGGGUCUGCUGAAGGCCAGCCAACCCAGCAGAGUAGUUGUUGUGUCUUGCAUGAUUCACUCAAAUGUCCAGACACUAGACAUUGAGAACCUGAACUUCACCAAAGAAGGAACUUAUUGGCCAGUACAAGCCUACGCUCAGUCCAAGGCCUGCAACAUUCUUUUUACCCGUUACCUGGCAAACUUGCUGAAGGACUAUGGAGUUGCUGUUAAUUCCAUGUGCCCAGGAUUUGUGUCAAGUGAUAUAUUUGCGAAGAGUGAAAGUUUUAUUGCAGGAUAUGUGUACAACUACCUGGCUCCCAUAUUAGCCAAGACUGUAGAACAAGGUGCCCAAACUAUCAUUCAACUUGCAGCCUCUGACGAGAAUCCUGCCCCCACUGGCGGGUUCUAUGAAGAUUGUAGGGUAUCUGACAAUGCAACCAACCUGGUGCUUGAUGAAGGCCUUGCUAAGAAGGUUUGGGAAGCCAGUGAAAGUCUUGUCGGUCUCCAGCCUGAGGAACAGCACUACUGAUGCAUCCCACCACCACACUGCAGCAGGAGGAGCCAGGAGAUCACAGACAUUCCGGUGCUGCAUCAUAAGAGUGACCAUUGUGUAACUUUGAAUUCUGUCUCUAUUUCCCUCUCUCUCUCUGUUUCUCUCAUGCUUGUCUGUGUGUCUCUGCUUCUGUCAUGUUCUGUCCUCCUCUUCUUUUCUCCUCCUCUCCUCCCUGAUGCUGCAGGUAUGAGAUGUCUAUGAACAAACUUAUCUCACCGUCCUCCAUCAUUCACUGAGCAUCCCUGCUGUUAAUUUUGUAGAACAGUUAUCUUUGAAUGUGUGGAAAAGAGAACAGUGGCUUACUAAAGGUGCCUUAAGAAUUUGAUGUAACAAUUAGUAUCCAUGUAAAAGUCUACCCCUUAAACUGUGCUGUAAAGAGUCGUACAAAAAAAAAAUCAACUAUCACACAAGUAUAUAUAGCAAGCAUGUGUGGUUUGUACAGCUUUUAGUAUAGUGAUGAACAAAUAGUGGAUGUGCUUUGGACCCCCUGGAUCUAAUGUGUAAGAAAAGAUGGCCUGUAGUAUUCUUUUGUUCCUCCUUCUGAGCUGCAUGUUGAGCAUCACAAAGUUUGUGUUACAUUCCAUUGAGCUUCCAUUUUUUGUACUUAGCGUUGUUGUUGUUGAGGUAGUGAGGGUUGUAGUGUUGUGGGGGGAACAGGUUUAUAGUGAUGGUGAUAAAGCUAUGCAGAUCAAAAAGACCA